AUGGAGGAGAGGGCAGAGCUGGAGAGAGAGCUAGAGAACAUGAAGGAGUUAGUGAUGCAAUUAAGGUUGGAGAGAGACAGCAUUGCAGAGGAGCUGAAGGUGGAGAGCUCCACAUGGAAGAACAACAUCCAACAGUUCUUGGAGCAGAUGAGUCAACUGAGAGAGGAGAAAGAUCAAGGAGUGAGGCAGGUGGCAGAUCUAGAGGCCAACCUAGUGGAACUGAAAAAGCAGCUGGCAGAGCUGCCACCCCCUCUGCCCCCUGCAGGACCAUCUCAAGCUGAGCAGCAGCUGCAAGUCCACGCCUAUCAGAUGCAGAAGGCACUAAAGUACCUGGAGGAGCAACUUCACAUCCAGAUACAGGAAAACCACAGCCUCCGUGUCCAGAACCUGGAGCAGCAGGAGCGGCUGUGGUUUCUGGAGCAGCAGGCUGAGGUGUGGAAUCAACAUGCCUGGGAUCGGCACAGGAUCCUUGAGACAAUGGAAAGAGAUCGUGAGACCAUGAGAUGCACUGUCUUGCACAACCAAGAGCUAAAAGAUCAGCUGGCCCAGAUGCAGGAUACCUUCCACAGGGCGAGUGCUGAGAAGGAGGAGCUCACUAGUGUGCUGCACUCAGAGCAGCAGAUGAAGAAACAUCUGCGGGAGAAGCUGGACCAGCAAGAGGAGAAGUUAAGAGAACUGAAAGACAUGGCAGAGUUAAAGAGCCAAGCAGCUCAGAAUCUGCAGGAGCAGCAUGACCAGGUCCGGGCCCAGCUGCAGGUGCUCAGAGCCACCUGUGACCAGCACAUGGCCUCCAGAGAGCAGCUGACCUCAGAGAAGGAGGUCCUGCAACAGCACCUGCUGAGGCAGACCCAGCUGCUGGAGCAGCAGAAGCAGGAGCAGGUGCAGAACCACCUGGGGACCCAGAGGGUCUGUCAAGAGUUACAGAGCACCCUGAGUUGCCUGCAAGUCACCAGACAUCAGAAUGAGCAGCUGCGGGCCCAGCUGAGCCUCCUGGCUUUCACGAGGGAAGGUGAAGGAGUGAGCAAAGGAGAAAAGGGUGGGGAGGAGGGGACUCCACCCCAUGUGACUGUCCCCGAGGACAUAGACAACCCACAGACCAUGUGGGAUUUCUACCUUGAUGCAAUGUAUGUUGCUGAAUCCAGGAAGGAGAAGCUCAGGCAGCGUUUGCAGGAGCAGCAGGCCCGCUGCAGUUGCCUGGCCAACCUGGCAGCCCAGUGCCAGAUCAAGCUGGAGCGCCAGGCCCACUUCCCCAAGAGCUGGAAGCCCAACGCUGCUGGGGAGAGAAAGCAGCACACACAGGCACCCAAGAAGACAGAAAUCGGCUUCCCCCACAACCUGCCCGACAAGGUGGACUACCAGAAGCAAUCGGAUGAACUCCAACACCGGUGCAGCCAGCUGUCCGACCGCAUGGCUGCUAUUGACGAGGCGAUUGGAUCCUACGAGGAGCAGAUGGUGAAGCUGGAGGAGCUGCAUCAGGAGAAGAAAAGCUCUGUCCGCCAGCUGGCCCAGGAGAAGAGGGAAAGGAAAGAGGAACUGCGGGAUCUGCUGUUGCUUCUUGCUGGUGAGGGCACAGAGCACCAAGACCAGAUCCGGGCAGCCGCGCAGACCCCUGUGGCGGAGACCACCUCAGACCUCCCAGCCCCCACAAACAUGGAAGUUUUGGAGGAGCAGCAAGCUUGUGAAGAUGUGAAGUUUGAAGACAACCUAGAGCCUCCCCAAGGAGAGGCUGGGGUGCCAUGGGCCCUCCAGGAUUUCUCUACAGACCAGAUGGUGCGGCCGCAGCCUGAUAACCAGCACCUGCUAGGGCUGGCAGGCCUGGGCAACGACCCUUGUUUCCCAUUGUUCUACAGGACGGAUGCAAAUGAUGAGCUGGAGAUAAUUGUUGUCUAA